AUGGUGAAAAGAAGUCAGCAAAGCUCUAAGCAGUCACUACCUGCAAAUGAGGACCUUUCACCUACAAAUACACUCAAGAAGGCUAAGACUAGCAACAGCCUGGAACAAACUCCCAGUCAAAGUGGAGUUGUUCAGUCACAAGCUGUGGAGGCAACUCUAGUGUUGCCGCUGGACUCAUAUACUGAACAACAAAUAACGAACGAUUCUAGAAGAGCUCCAGUUCAGACUAGAGCGGCAAUACUGAAAGCUGCGCGAAGACAAAAUGAGACAGAAGAACAGAAACAGACACGUCUUGGUCUAGCAGCUGAACGAAAGAGGCAAAGAAGGGCUAUUGAAACGGAGCCAGAGAGACUGUCAAGACUUCAAACCGCUGCUGCUAAUUCGAGAUUGUGGCGUGCGAACUCAUCGAAGAACGAGGUACAAAGAAUAGAUCGUCUGCGAGCGAGAGGCAUAAGAGAAAGGCGGAGAAGAGCAAACGAGGCGGAAGAAGAAAGAAUGUCUCGACUUCAGCAUAGUGCUGCUAAUUCUAGAGCCUGGCGCGCAAAUCAGAUACGCUCUCUUCACACUAAUAAUGCUCAGGUAUUUUGUUUUACUUAA